AUGACUCGCCUCUCAAAGCAAAAGGCAUGCAUAGCAUGCACAGAGUCCAAACGCCGCUGCGAUAAGAGCCUCCCUUCAUGUUCCCGUUGUGACGACCGCGACGUGGACUGCCACUACCCCGUCACAAAACGACGGCGGCGGCCCGAGGCGUCCAGGCCAUUCCCCGAACCACAACCACCACCGGCACCGCUCCAGCACUCCGUCCCGGCAACAAUGCCGGAUACACUUCUCUUCGACGCGUCCCCCCUUGCAACAAGCAUCUGGAGCAUGCCAUGGUCGGACCUUGACUUUGGUAACGCGAACUUUCAGCUCGCCAUGGGACCACCAUCGGCCGCCGCCGCCUUCUCCCUCCCGCCUCCAAACCCCGCAACAAGCCCGCAGCAGCAUCCCUACUACACCACGAAACCCGCCUACCCGCGCCUCUCCUCCUCGGUAGCCGCCUCCCUCGCAGGAAGCCAAUGGUUCCUCGCCCCCUCGACCUGGAGAAUCGACCACUGGCCCGCACCCCCGCGCGACGCCUACCCCGUCUCCGUCCUCACCAACUUCACCCGCGGCCUGCAAGCCUGGGUCCGGCGGUGGGUCAUGGAGGGCCACAACCCCUUCAUCCACCGCAGCCUGUACGCCGAGGGCAACUACUUCCCCUCCUGCGUCCAGGACGCCUUCGCCACGGCCUCCGUCUACUUUCACAAGACGUCUCUGAACGAGGCCUUUGUCCACCGCAUCCUGGACGAGCGGGUCACGGCCUUGCUGGCGAGCCAGCCCGUCGUCGAAGACAACUCCAUGUCUGUCCCGUUGCUGGAGACGAGGGACCACCUAGCGCGCGUCCACGCGCUCUACGUCUACACCAUCAUCCGGCUCUUUGACAGCUCGGUCGGUCAACGUGCCGCCGCCGAGGAACAUCUGCCGACCCUGGAUCUCUGGGCGAGGCAAUUGUGGAAAUCUGCCCAGAGGGAUGCCGACACUCUAUACGGGAACCGGUGUCCCCCUUCGACUUGGCAGUGCCAGGCACAAAAGAGCUCAGAUCUUGCAGACCAGAGCACCGCGGCGACCAACGCCACGACGGGAAAAACUAGUCUCGAGAACAACCAUAAACAACCGAAAGUGGAUUCCUUCAAUUGUGACCUCUGGACCUGGAACCUCUGGGUCCUCUCCGAAUCCAUCCGCCGCACCUGGAUCAUCAUCGUCUGCACGCUGGGCGUGUACAACGCCCUCAAAGGCCGCUGGGGCGAGUGCGCCGGCGGAGCCCUCUUCACCGCCCGCGGCGGAUUAUGGGACGCGCCCUCGGCCCCGCGCUGGGCGGCGCUGUGCCGGGCGGCUGGGCCCAGGAACAGGCGAGAUACAGGCGGUGUGACUGACCGUCCGGGGUCGGAGGAUAGCGGUGACGACAACGGCGGCGGUGAUCGAAAUUUCUUUGUGCCUUCUAUUGAUGGCGACGGGUUGCUUCAUAACGCAGCCGCGGCUGAUGUGGAUGAGUUUGCGAGGCACUUGUUCACGUGUAUUUGGGGCCUUGAUCGGGUCGAGGAUUGGGCCUUGAGGACGGCUUCGGAAGGCGAAGUCAAUUUGGUUUAUUGA